AUGCGAGAGGUUUCAUAUUCAGCGAGUUACCAAACUGCUGCUAAAGUGAAUAAGUACCUAUAUAUAUUUAGCUCUCAAGCACUAUCAAAUCUGCGAACUCCUAUAUUCGGGCUAAUGUAUAUUGUUGCUGUGAUUGGAUCAUUUCUGGCCUGCAGUAUCAACACCCACGAAGCAUCAACAAACACAAUCACCACAACAGACGUUGAUGGACACUUCCUUGUGCUAAUUUGUACUGCUGAUGGAAUUUCCGCUGUAGUUGCUACUGCUCGUGGAACUCCUUCUGCAGCUGGUAUUGCUGAUGGAACUCCUGCUGUUAGUACUGUUUAUGGAACUCCUACUGCAGUUGGUACUGCUGAUGGAACUUCUUAUUCAGUUAGUACUGCUGAUGGUUCUCCUGCAUUGGCUACUGCAAAUGUCUCUCCUUCUGCAGUUGGUACUGUAGAUGGAAGUUUUUCUUCAAUUGGCAUUGGCAAUGGAACUUCUGCAGCUGGUAAUUCCUCUGCAGUUGGUACUAUAGGUGGCACUUCUGCAAUUGGUACUACAGAUGUCUCUCCUUCUGUAGUUGAUACUGCUGAUGGAAGUCUUUCUGCAAUUGGUACUGUUGGUGGAAGUCCAUCAGCAGUUGGUACUAAUGAUGAAACCUUUCUUGUAGUUGGUGCUACAGAUGUUGGUACUGCUGAUGGCUCUGAUUCUGCAGUUGGUACUCCUAGUGGAACUCCUGCAUUUGGUACUGGUGAUGGAACUACUUCUGCAGUUGGUACUGUUGUAGACACAUGGCAGCACAGAUCAUCAUCACGUGAACAAGAUGUGGUUAGUACUGCUGAUGGCUCUGCUUCUGCAGUUGGUAGUGCUGGUGGGAUUCCUUCUGCAGUUGAUAUUGCUGAUGGAACUUUUUGUGCUGUUGGUGCUGCUGAUGGAACUCCUUCUGCAAAUAGUGCUACUGAUGGAACGCCUUCUGCAUUGGUGCUGCUGAUGAGGCAACUGCUGUUGGUGCUGGAUGGAGCUCCUUCGGCAGUUGGUGUUGCCGAUAGAACUCCUGGCAUUGGUGCUGCGGAUGGAACUCCUUUGAAACUCCUUCGCAGUUGGUGCUGUGACUCCUUCGGCAGUGGUGCUGCUGAUGAAACUAACCUGAAACAGAAAAGGCUUAGUACUGCUGAUGGCUCUGCUUCUGCAGUUGGUAGUGCUGGUGGGAUUCCUUCUGCAGUUGAUAUUGCUGAUGGAACUUUUUGUGCUGUUGGUGCUGCUGAUGGAACUCCUUCUGCAGUGCUACUGAUGGAACGCCUUCUGCAUUGUGCUGCUGAUGAACUCCUUCUGCAGUUGGUGCUGCUGAUGGGACUCUUUCUGCUGUUGGUGCUGCUGAUGGAGCUCCUUCGGCAGUUGAUGUUGCCGAUAGAACUCCUGCAGUUGUUGGUGCUGCUGAUGGGACUCUUUCUGCUGUUGGUGCUGUUGAUGGAGCUCCUUCGGCAGUUGAUGUUGCCGAUAGAACUCCUGCAUUGUGCUGCUGAUGCUCCUUCUGCAAUGAACUCCUUCGGCAUUAGUACUGCUGAUGGCUCUGCUUCUGCAGUUGGUAGUGCUGGUGGGAUUCCUUCUGCAGUUGAUAUUGCUGAUGGAACUUUUUGUGCUGUUGGUGCUGCUGAUGGAACUCCUUCUGCAAAUAGUGCUACUGAUGGAACGCCUUCUGCAGUUGUUGGUGCUGCUGAUGGGACUCUUUCUGCUGUUGGUGCUGCUGAUGGAGCUCCUUCGGCAGUUGAUGUUGCCGAUAGAACUCCUGCAUUGGUGCUGCUGAUGGAACUCCUCGGCAGUUGUGCUGCUGAUGGGACUCCUGCUGUUGGUGCUGCUGAUGGAGCUCCUUCGGCAGUUGAUGUUGCCGAUAGAACUCCUGCAGUUGUUAGUACUGCUGAUGGCUCUGCUUCUGCAGUUGGUAGUGCUGGUGGGAUUCCUUCUGCAGUUGAUAUUGCUGAUGGAACUUUUUGUGCUGUUGGUGCUGCUGAUGGAACUCCUUCUGCAAAUAGUGCUGCUGAUGGAAGCUUCUGCAGAUAG